GAAAGUGGGAAGGACGAAAGGAGGAGGAGAAAGGAAAGUGGAGCGGGGGAAGGGAGGAGAGGAAAGUUCGGAAAAGUCGGGAAAGGGGGCUUUGGGGGGGCUGGGAAGAGGGGGGAAAGGCCGGGGAAGCGCCGCCUUUUGGAGACGUUCCCUCGGAGCGGACGAAGCGCGGGCGAAGGGGGGAGAUCCUGGAAGAGGGGCCGGAAUGGGGCAGGGAGAGCCGGGGAGCGCGGGAGGGUAGGCGCGGGAGGCGGGCGCCGAGCUAGGGCCCAGCAUGGCCUCCGGGGACCCCGCGGAGCCGCCCCGGGCGGAGGAGGCGCGUCCGGGCAGCGCCGAGGAGACGGAGCCCGAGGCGUCCCCGCGCUUCUCGGCGGAGCAGGUCUCGUGCGUGUGCGAGGCGCUGCUCCAGGCCGGGGACCCGCGCCGCCUGGCCCGCUUCCUGGCCUCGCUGCCCGCGGGCGCGCUCUCCUCCCCGGAGCCCCCCGCGGGCGAGAGCCUGGCCAAGGCCCGGGCGCUGCUGGCCUUCCAGGGCGGGGACUUCGCGGAGCUCUACCGCCUCCUCCAGAGCCGCCCCUUCGGCGCCGCGCACCACGCCUUCCUGCAGGACCUCUACCUGCGCGCCCGCUACCGGGAGGCCGAGGCGGCGCGGGGCCGGGCGCUGGGCGCGGUGGACAAGUACCGCCUCCGGAAGAAGUUCCCGCUGCCGCGCACCAUCUGGGACGGAGAGGAGACCGUCUACUGCUUCAAGCGCCGCUCCCGGGCCGCGCUCCGGGACUCCUACGGGCGCAGCCGCUACCCGAGCCCCGAGCAGAAGCGCCGCCUCGCCCGCGACACCGGCCUCUCCCUCACCCAGGUCAGCAACUGGUUCAAGAACCGGCGCCAAAGGGACCGAGGCGGAGGAGGAGCGGCACCGGGGUCCACGGGGGCACCAGGAGGAGGAGGAGGAGGGAGCAGCGCCGGCACGCCCAGCAAGAGUGAAUCCGAUGGGAAUCCCAGCACGGAGGAUGAAUCCAGCCGUGGGCCCGAGGAAACAGAAGUGCCCACUGGGAUGUCUAGUACUCCGGAAGGGGUCUCGGCUUCCAACACCCUUUUCCUGCCGGCCGCCGGCUCCGGUGCCUCCUCCAUCCUUCUGAAUGGCAACUUCAUCACUGCCACUUCGCCCACCAUGUUCCUCAAUGGUGGCUCGGUUAUCCAGACCUCAAGUGGAGGCGUCAUCCUGAAUGGUUUGACGCUGGGAGAUAACCAAACCAUCACCUUGAGUCCGGUGGCGGCGGCACCCAGUCCCCCCAUCCUCCUCAAUGGCUCCACUGCUCUCUUGAGCGGCAAACCCAUCGUCCCUGCCAGCCAGGAGGUCUCCAAAGAGCCCCUUCCACCGGCCGCUGUCCUCCUGAAGUCCGAAAGUCAAGAAGCCUUGGGUUUUGGUGUGAAAGAAGAGGAUGAGGAGAAACAGUCCGUCCAGCCCCUCUUAUCUCUCCCUGAUGCCGCCACUCUGCUCCCCGACCAGAAAGAGGCUCUCUUGGGUACCGUUUCGGUGCCACAAGUUGUGCCAUUGAAAGAAGAAGAUCCUGUGGCUACUCAGCCAGCAGCCAAAAUAGUCCCGGCUGCCCCAGCUUUGCCAUCUCCCCUGGAAGCCGUGCCCACCCUGACCUUGGCGACUCCCUCUCCAGCCGCCGUCGCUUCGUCCGAUCCAGCCACCGUUCUCCACGUCCCUGCCCCGUCCCUGGUCCCCAUCACCCAAGUUUCGCCUCCAUCCCAAGUCGUCCCCCUCUCCCAGCCCGUUUCGGGGACCCAGGUGCUCUCCCCGUCUCAGAUGGUGCCCCUGUCGCCCACCCAGAUCUACACUUUGCCCCAAGGGGUGCCGGCCCCCCAGAUCGUCUCCCUGCCCCAAGUGCGCCAAGGGCCGCAGAUCAUCUCCCUGCCCCAAGUGGUGCCCACCUCGCAGGUGGUGACGCUGCAGCAAAGCGUGGGCAGCCCCAUCCAGAUCUUGACCAGCUCGGCCCCCAUCAAAAUGGGCACCGUGGCAGGGACGCAGCAGGCGACGGUGACGGGCGGGCACCUCGGACAGAGCGGCGGCCUGCAUCUCAUCAACACCAACAUGGGCAUCACUGCGCUGCAGCUUCCGGGCACAACGCCAGGGAACAUCCUCCUGACCAACCCAGCAACGGGCAGCAGCACCAUCGUCACCGGCGUGGCACUACAGCAAGGCAAGCUGAUCUUGACGGCCACCUUCCCAGCUGGCAUGUUGAUGGCGCCCAUACUCUCGACUCCGGCGGCGGUGCCCAAUUUGGCCCCUCCAGUCAAACAGGAAGAGGCGGCUCCUCCGGCCACAACACUCGAGCACCACGAAGAUGGUGGUGGCAGCUUGUUGCUUUCGAGCAUCGCGUCAGAAGUCUCCUCUCUCUCCGCUUCUGACAAUACUGGACAAGCCAGCUUUUCGUCCUUUGGCGCAGACUCUGGCCCAUCCAGCCUGCUUUCAGAUUUCUCCCAAAACGAGAGCCUGUCCCAACAGCAGAUGGUAUGGUCCGACCCCGUCAGCAUGGGCCUCCAAGGGAAUGGCUCCGUGGGGCUCUUUGAGAUGGACAAGGACCCCAUGGAGGAGCAAGCGGGGUUACUCCGGCUCCCCGAAGACGAAGGCCUCUUGCUUGAUGACUCGGGAGGAGACCCCAUGGAUCCGGAGGCUCUCGACUCCGGGGAGAAAGUGCUGACGCAGCUGCAGUCGGUGCCGGUGGAAGAGUCUCUGGACUUAUAGAAGGGCAGCAAGUUGGGUCGGAAGCACAUCCAUUCUUCCCUUCAGAGGAAUGGGAGUUUGCCUUUGAAGCUGUCCUUCUUGGUCCCUUUUGAUUGCCACCUUCCAGACCAGACAAGCUUCACUUUGCUGGUUUAGAAACGUUUGAAGUGCCUUGAUAAGGGAAACCCCAACCCUCUCCCCUCUCCCGCAUGUGUGAAAUUUCCUUCUUCCAUGGUUGCAUCUUCCUUUUGCAUGUGUUUGUGUGUGGCAAAUACGACGACACUCAAACAGAAAGGCAAUGCCUCUGUCACGUUCAGUUUGUGUCCGGUACUCCGUCUCGUCGUGGCCAGGAGAGUAGUAACCACAAUCUUCACUUUGCCGCCCCAAGUCCCCACGGGGAGAUGGUGGCGGGGUAUAAAUAAAGUUUUAUUAUUAUUAUUUGCUCUAUUUCAGGCAUGGGCAAACUAAGGCCCGGGGACCAGAUGCGGCCCCCUGAGCGCUUGCUUCAGGCCCUUCUCAUUUUCCCUGUCUUCUUGGCACAAGGAUAUGGUUGUCCAAUGCAAAAAAAAUAUGGAGGAGGAAAACACAUAGCAGCUGAGAGCCCUCUGGAGCACUCUCAGCCACUGUGUGUCUCACCUUCCGGCAUCAUAAUAAUAAUAACAACAACUUUGUGUUGUUGAAGGCUUUCAUGGCCAGAAUCUCAGGGUUGUUGUAUGUUUUCCAGGCUGUAUGGCCAUGUUCUAGAAGUAUUCUUCCUGACGUUUCGCCCACAUCUAUGGCAGGCAUCCUCAGAGGUUGUGAGGUAUGGAGAAACUCAGCAAGGAAGGUUUAUAUAUAUCUUUGGAAAGUCCAGGGUGAGGGAAGAGCUCUUGUCAGUUGGAGGCCAGCGUGAAUGUUGCAGUUAAUCACCCUAAUUUGCAUUGAAUGGCUUCAUCUACUGGCUACUUUCUGCCUGGGGGCAUCCUUUGUUACCUGCCCCUAGUUCCCAUGUCUCAGAGUGUUGCUUCUUAUUUACUGUUCUGAUUUUUGAGUUUUUUAAUACUGGUAGCCAGAUUUUGUUCAUUUUCAUAGUUUCCUCCUUUCUGUUGAAGUUGUCCACAUGCUUGUGAAUUUCAAUGGCUUCUCUGUAUCAUCUGACAUGAUAGUUGUUGGAGUGGUCAAGCAUUUCUGUGUUCUCAAUAUCCUGUGUCCAGGUUGGUUCAUCAGAUGCUCUGCUAUGGCUGAUUUCUCUGGUUGAGUGAGUCUGCAGUGCCUAUCAUGUUCCUUGACUUGUGUUUGGGCAAUGCUGCGUUUGGUGGUCCCUAUGUAGACUUCUACCGUGUUUCCCCAAAAAUAAGACAGUGUCUUAUAUUAAUUUUUGCUCCCAAAGAUGCUCUAGAUCUUAUUUUCAGGGGAUGUCUUAUUUUUCCAUGAAGAAGAAUUCACAUUUAUUGUUGAACAAAAAAAUGAACAUUUAUUAUAUACUGUACAGUAAUUGCCAUCACAAACCAGCAUAACCAGACAAACUGUGAUUCCUAUCAAGAAUUUCUUGUUACUCCCAUUAUUUCCAUGUACAACAAUCUAUGGUACAUACAUUUACCGAUCCUACACGCUCUGGUGUUCUGUUCGGCGGGCAUGCUUCCAAACAAAAACUUUGCUAGGUCUUACUUUCAGUGGAGGCCUUAUAUUUAGCAAUUCAGCAAAACCUCUACUAGGUCUUAUUUUCUGGGGAUGUCUUAUUUUAGGGGAAACAGGGUAGCCAGAUUUUGUUCAUUUUCAUAGUUUCCUCUUUUCUGUUGAAGUUGUCCACAUGCUUGUGGAUUUCAAUGGCUUCUCUGUGUAGUCUGACAUAGUUGUUGGAGUGGUCAAGCAUUUCUGUGUUCUCAAAUAAUAUACUGUGUCCAGGUUGGUUCAUCAAGUGCUCUGCUUUGGCUGAUUUCUCUGGUUGAGUUAGUCUGCAGUGCUUUUCAUGUUCUUUGACUCGUGUUUGGGCAAUGCUGCGUUUGGUGGUGCCUAUGUAGACUUCUAGAACAUGGCCAUACAGCCCGGAAAACAUACAACAACCCCAACAACUUGGUUUUUAUAUCCCGCCACCAGCUCCCCAAGGGGACUUGGGGGGGCUCAAAUAGGGCAAGGCCGAACAACACAAUUCAAAUGAAAAGUACGUGGUAGAAUGGUAUGAGCGAUCCCAUCCUUAUGCCAGGAGGAUAGCUCGAGGAAGGCACGCGGUGACUGACAGCUGCCACCUGGAUGGGAUACAAUGCGGCCCCAAGGCAAAAACGUUUGCCCAUGUCCGUUCUAUUUGCUGCCUCUUCUUGUAUCCAAACGUUGGACAACGUCUCCAUUCUUUUCUUCCCUGACUCUCCAACUUACGAGAAACGUGUUGAGCAUUUUCAGAUUCACAACACAGAAUAGGAUGUUUAUUACAGUAGAGUCUCACUUAUCCAAGCUAAACGGGCUGGCAGAAGCUUGGAUUAGCUAAUAACUUGGAUAAUAAGGAGGGAUUAAGGAAAAGCCUAUUAAACAUCAAAUUAGGUUGUGAUAUUACAAAUUAAGCACCAAAACUUCAUGUUAUACAACAAAUUUGACAGAAAAAGUAGUUCAAUGCACAGUAAUGUUAUGUUGUAAUUACUGUAUUUACGAAAUUAGCACCAAAAUAUCCCAAUAUAUUGAAAACAUUGACUACAAAAAUGGCUUGGAUUAUCCAGAAGCUUGGAUAAGCGAGGCUUGGAUAAGUGAGAUUCUAUUGUAAUUGUGGGUGGAAGUAACUAACACGCACAGGCAAGUCAUUUGUUUCCUUUCCUUCCUUCCUUCCACGGUGCUAAGGGAUAGGGUUCGACUAACCAGCGCGACCCCAAAUCCCACUUUGGAGAGGAAAGGAGAAUAAAUCUAGUUUUUCCAGUGCUUUCUGUUCUUCUCUUGGAGACAGCAAAGCUAUGGUUUCUCCCUGACUUUUAGCACUGCAUUUAGAAAUACUGGCGCAAUCCAAGAGAGUUAAAAUAAUCCCAUUCUGAAUUGGAACUCUCUGAUGCUGGAAAGCAGAACCACUCCUCCAAAGUGUUCUUUCUGCUUUGUUUUUUCACUUUCUCUUUUGGUUUUUAUCCACUUGUGUCUUCUCUGUGGAAUCGGUUUUUCAACAUUUAGCACAAGACACAGCCUGGAUUAAUGGCAACACGACACUGUGAACAUAGGCACAUGUUUCAAACUAAGGAGUGGAUGGUUAGUCCUGCAAUUUAAGGUACAUAGUUUCUUAAGACACAGUGAAGUGAAUUUUAGCUACAAACACCCCCUUAUAUUUGGGUUUGGGAACAAAAGUCAUGUCCUGUACUUAUUAGGGACAUUUAAGGAUGACCAUCUGAAAGACAGAAAUCACAUACAAAACCCCUCUAAGUAUUGGGUCGCUGUGAGUUUUCCGGGCUGUAUGGCUAUGUUCCGGAAGCAUUCUCUACUGACGUUUUGCCCACAUCUAUGGCAGGCAUCCUCAGAGGUUGUGAGGUCUGUUGGAAACUAGGAAAGUGGAGCUUAUAUAUCUGUGAAAUAAUGUCCAGGGUUGGAGAAAGAAUUCUUGUCUGCUUGAGGCAAGUACAGUAGUCUCACUUAUCCAAUAUAAAUGGGCCAGCAGAACGUUGGAUAAGCAAAGAUGUUGGAUAAUAAGGAGGGAUCAAGGAAAAGUCUAUUAAACAUCAAAUAAGGUUAUGAUUUUACAAAUUAAGCACCAAAACAUCAUAUUAUACAACAAAUUUGACAGAAAAAAUAGUUCAAUAUGCAGUAAUGCUAUGUAGUAAUUACUGUAUUUACAAGUUUAGCACCAAAAUAUCACGAUGUAUUGAAAACAUUGACUACAAAAAUGCGUUGGAUAAUCCAGAACAUUGCAUAAGCGAGACUUAGAUAAGUGAGACUACUGUAUGAAUGUUGCAAUUGGACAACUUGAUUAGCAUUGAAUGGUCUUACAGCUUCAAAACCUGACUGCAUACUGGGGUAAUCCUUUGUUGGGAGGUGUUAGCUGCCCUUGAUUGUUUCAUGUCUGGAAUUCUCCUGUUGUUCUUUAUUUUAGAGGUUUUUUUAAUACUCGUAGCCAGACUUUGUUCAUUUUCAUGGUUUUCUCCUUUCUGUUGAAAUUGUCCACAUGCUUCUUGUGGAUUUCAGUGGCUUCUCUGUGUAGUCUGACAUGAUGGUUGUUAGGGUCCAGCAUUUCUGUGUUCUUAUAUAAUAUGCUGUGUCCAGAUUGAUUCACCCAGGUUCAUCACAGCAUAUUAUUUGAGGACACAGAAAUGCUGGACCACGCAGACAAUUUCAACAGAAAGGACAAAACCAUGAAAAUGAACAAAAUCUGGUUACCAGUAUUUUUUUUAAAACCUCUAAAAUCAGGACAGUAAAUAAAGAGCAACACUCAGAAGAGAGGAGAAUUCCAGACAAGAAACAAUCAGGAUCAGUUAACACCUCCCAACAAAGGAUUCCCUCAGGCAGGAAGCAGCCAGGCUUUGAAGCUGCAAGUCCAUUCAAUGCUACUCAAAGUGGCCAAUUGCAACAUUCACACAGAGAAGAGUUCUUUCUCCCACCCUGGCUAUUAUUCUACAGAUAUAUAAACCCCACUUGCCUACACUUUCCAACACUCCACAACCUCUGAGGAUGCCUGCCAUAGAUGUGGGCAAAAUGUCAGGAGAGAAUGCUUCUGGAAAAAGGACAUACAGCCUUGAAAACCCACAGCAACCUACAUGCACAUAGUUUCUUAAGACACAAUGAAGUGAGUUUUAGCUACAAAUACCCUCUUACAUUUGGGUUUGGGAAUUACAUGGUAUAAGCAUUUAAGGACAACCAUCUGAAAGACAGAAAUUGCAUACAAAACUCCUAAGUAUUCUUCCCCUUAAAAUGAGAUUGCAAAUGGGAGUUCAUCCCAAGCUUUCUCUGAAACUAAGGUUUCCUUUGUAAAAUAUAAAUCGAUCCAUGAAAUGAUGGAUAAUAGCAAACCCUGGUAUUUUUAAUGAAAAAUUGUACAGAAAAAGGAUGUACCUUAUACAGGAGAAUAAAUGAAACCACAGAUAACUGUAACCACGUAUAUUGGUUCUCCAGAUACAGGGCAUGUGCUGUACCGUUGAACUGAUUUGUUUUUUGUGUUUUCUUAUACUUUUCAAUUGAUAUAUUUUGUCACAAAGAAAGGGGGACUGGAAAUAGUUGGCCAUAUCUGCGGAGAGAAAUCUCAUCAUUUUGGUUGUUUUGAUGUGUCUCUAUUUUUUUUCCCCCAACCAGGUACUACAGCAUUGUGUUGUCGAAGGCUUUCAUGGCCGGAAUCAUUGGGUUGCUGUGAGUUUUCCGGGCUAUAUGGCCAUGUUCCAGUAGCAUUCUCUCCUGACAUUUCACCCACAUCUAUGGCAGGCAUCCUCAGAGGUUGUGAGGUCUGUUGGAAACUAAGAAAAUUUAUAUAUUUAUAAAUUUUUAAAUAAAGAAAAUUUAUAUAUAUAAAAUUUAUAUAUCUGUGGAAUGACGAGGGUGGGAGAAAGACCUCUUGUCUGAGGCAAGUAUUAAUGUUGCAAUGGAUCACCUUGAUUUAAAAAAACUUUAAAAUCAGGACAGUAAAUAACAGCACCCUGAAAACAGGAAUUACAGACAGGAAACAAUUAGGGUCAGCUAACACCUCCCAAUAAAGGAUUCUUCAGGCAGGAAUCAACCAGGCUUUGAAUCUGCAAGGCCAUUAAAUGCUAAUCGAGGUGAUCAAUUGCAACAUUCAGGCUUGCCUCAAACAGACAAGAGUUCUUUCUUCCAAUCUGGACUUUCCACAGAUAUAUAAACCCCACUUGCCUAGUUUCCAACAGCCCUCACACCUCUGUGGAUGCCUGCCAUAGAUGCAGGCUAAACGUCAGAAGAGAAUGCUUCUGGAACAUGGCCAUACAGCCUGGAAAACUUACAGCAGCCUACUACAGCAUUACUUUUUUUCCCUUCAUUUGUGAGAAGCAAUCAUUUCUAUGAAAUAUUUUUAUAUAUCUAUUCUUGGUUUUUCAGUGUAUGUGUGUCUUUUAUAAAUAUAUAUACUGUAUAUAUAUAUUUUAUAUAUAUUAAAUAUAUUUUAUCCUAAA